AUGAAAGAGUUGAAGGUGUUUAAUCCCAAGGCUUGGGAGUGGUUGAUCAAAAUACCUACAAAAUCAUUAUGCAUACCAUGUAGACAUGUAGUUGUUGCCUUAGGCUUUAGGAACCAACACCCUGAAGACUAUGUAUAUGACUGUCAUUCUAAAGAAACAUAUGUGGCAUGCUAUGAUUUUAAUAUUAGCACAAUUAAUGGCCAAGACAUGUGCCUUGAGGUUAAUAGUAAGGAGAUGGUUGCCUCCAUCAUACAAAAGAGGCACUGGUAG